UGAUGAAGGAGUAGCAAAGGCACCUAAUUAACCCUUGAACUCUGCUUCCAACACUAGCAUACCCCAUCACGAGAAUAAUGGCUUCGCAAGUUUCUCAAGUUCUUGCUUCAACCCAUAAUGCCAUAUCCUCCAAUAUGGAAAAUCGCCCCAAGGCCGAUUUUCAUCCUGGCAUUUGGGGAGAUGUUUUCCUCACUUGUCCUGAUAAGGAUAUUGAUGCUACAACUGAACUACAAUAUGAAGAACUGAAAGAAGAAGUGAGGAGGAUGCUUGUUGCACCUAUGGAUAAUUCAAACCAAAAGUUGCCUCUUAUUGAUGCAAUAUUUGGUAAAAGUUGUCGAAGCUUGCUUUUCCUCUUUGUUUCUGUCGGCCUCGAAUGCAUGCACAGUGAUGAUGAGUUCAAAGUUUAG